AUGCCUAGGGGGAAACAGCAACCGCAGGAUCUCGACACCACCACAGAGGGCGGCCAUCCCCAACCCCCUCAAAAAUGCAACAAUCCGAGGCAGGCCCCAGAGCACACCCCUGCAGUGACCGAACAGAAGGCAGCCACACCCCGGGGCAGAGGCCGGGUGGAGCCGGCAGCACUCUCACAUCCCUCCCAGUCCAAGCUCCCCGCCCAGGGUUCGCGCACACGAGGUCCUCCUGCAGGCCAGCGGAUCCCAGAGAGGGUCAACCCCGCGGACCCACGCAAGGGCAAGGGGCCGGCCUCGGGGCGGCGUGACAGUCGGCAGCGGGCACCCUCCACCCCGAAACCGGAGCCCUCCGCCACGAAGCCCGAGCCCCCCACCAUGGCCCGCGGCGGUCAGAACUGGAGCUCCGGGGAGUCGGACGGCCAGCCGGAGGAGCAGACAUCCGAGGAGAGCGGAAACAAGAUGGUGAAGGAAACCGAGUACUAUGACAUCCUGGGGGUAAAGCCCAGCGCGUCCCCGGAGGAGAUCAAGAAGGCCUAUAGGAAGCUGGCGCUCAAGUACCACCCGGACAAGAACCCAGAUGAGGGCGAGAAGUUUAAACUUAUAUCCCAGGCAUAUGAAGUACUUUCAGAUCCAAAGAAAAGAGACAUCUAUGACCAAGGUGGAGAACAGGCAAUUAAAGAAGGGGGCUCGGGUAGCCCCAGCUUCUCUUCGCCCAUGGAUAUCUUUGACAUGUUCUUUGGUGGUGGAGGACGGAUGACUAGAGAGAGAAGAGGCAAGAAUGUCGUGCACCAGCUGUCGGUAACUCUGGAAGACUUAUAUAAUGGAAUCACUAAGAAACUGGCCCUCCAGAAAAAUAUAAUCUGUGAGAAAUGUGAAGGCAUUGGCGGGAAGAAGGGGUCCGUGGAGAAGUGCCCCCUGUGCAAGGGGCGAGGGAUGCAGAUCCAUAUUCAGCAGAUCGGGCCGGGCAUGGUGCAGCAGAUCCAGACUGUGUGCAUCGAGUGCAAGGGCCAGGGCGAGCGCAUCAACCCCAAGGACCGUUGUGAGAACUGCAGCGGUGCCAAAGUUAUCCGCGAGAAGAAGAUUAUCGAGGUACACGUGGAGAAAGGUAUGAAGGAUGGGCAAAAGAUACUGUUUCAUGGAGAAGGAGAUCAGGAGCCUGAGCUGGAGCCUGGUGAUGUCAUAAUUGUGCUUGAUCAGAAGGAUCAUAGUGUCUUUCAGAGACGAGGCCAUGAUUUGAUCAUGAAAAUGAAAAUUCAGCUUUCUGAAGCUCUUUGUGGCUUCAAGAAGACAAUAAAAACACUGGAUGAUCGAGUCCUUGUUAUCACAUCCAGGUCAGGUGAGGUGAUAAAGCAUGGAGACCUGAAGUGUGUGCGCAACGAGGGAAUGCCCAUCUACAAGGCCCCACUGGAGAAAGGGAUGCUGAUCAUACAGUUUUUAGUCGUCUUCCCCGAGAAACACUGGCUUCCUCAGGAGAAGCUUUCUCAGCUGGAGGCUCUGCUCCCCGCGCGGCAGAAGGUGAGGAUCACGGAGGACAUGGAUCAGGUGGAGCUGAAGGAGUUCAAUCCCAAUGAGCAGAACUGGCGCCAGCACAGGGAGGCCUAUGAGGAGGAUGAUGAAGGGCCCCGCGCUGGUGUGCAGUGCCAGACGGCAUGAUGGCGCAGUGUGGCAUGGCCUGCUCGGACUAGUACACGAUGAAUGUAAACAUGGCACAAUGAAAAUGGCAUCGCUUUAAUAGCCUCAUGUUUGGGGUGUCCUGUGUAUGUGUUCAGCAGUCCUCAUUGCUGAGUUGUCUUUGGGUUUUCUUGUUUCUCUUCUAGUUGUAACUUAAGUUAUAGCCUGAUUUAUAUUUAAAUGUUUUAAGUUCAAUCAUGUCUAGUCUGCAUAUGGAAUCUGUUCAUUUGUACUUCCAGGACAUACUCUGGAGAUGCUAGUACCACAUUGACCCUUUGUGCUUCUUAGUGGCUUUGCCAUGGUUCAGUUCCACAGUCGGCCCAGAGAGCAACGCUUGGCCCCUAACAAAGGCCAAGAAGGUCUGGUCCAUCUCUAAACUGUGGUUUUUCUCCCUUUCCUCCCUUGGCAAAGUCACCGAAGUAUGAGCUCAGGUCUGCUAAUAUUUCUGAAUCUAGACUCUAGCACUCUUAGACAAUACAAAGCACAUACAUGGCUUGCACUUGGCCCAGCAUGCCUGUUCAUACUGAGUAGGCUGCACUCAGAGCUGCAGGGCCAGUCUAGCUCCCACUGUCUGUCCCGUGAGUGGUUACAAAGGGGUUUGUCUAACCAUCUGUCUAGGAAGUUUUCUGAACUUUCCAAGCCUUGUGAUGACAAACCCAUUUAAAUAAGCCAAUAAAGCCAUCUGCCUGUGACCCCACACCUUGUUCGUUGUGGUUUUAAUGAGUAUCUGCUGACAACCUUUGCAAUGUUGUCCCACCAAAGUGCUUACCCUCAGAAGGCUAAACCCUCCCGUGUUCCUGGCAGCCUCUAUGUAGAAGUACCCAAGGGAGAAUGCUGAAGGCUCAGCCCCCAGCACAGCCGUCUGGGGUCUCCGGAUGACGUAAGGGUAUGCAAUAGCACAGAACCCUCAGUAUUUUCACCUUCUCCAGACCGCUCCUUCCUCGAGGCCCGUUCCACUCACUGCACAGCCAUACUACAAAGGGCUUCCUGUUUGCGAUGCUUGGUGAGAACGGAACUAACCAAGUUCUUCUAGUUAGCUGGCAUGAAUACCACUGACAGUGACAGCUGCUUGGAACAGGUAGUUACUCCUUUGUUCCUGGCAGGCAGACUGCACUUUAAAUAAGGCUACCUCAGCCUCUAGCCGUUACUACUCCUUUCUUUUCUACAAACGUUAAACACCCUGCUUCUGAAGCUGCUGGGUUAACCUGACAGAUCCACCCUUAUUUUGUUUCUAUGUCACCAGAGAGUUGGAUGCAGACCGAGCACCUCCCCUAGGAGGGUCCAAUGACAAACCAGACCUGUGGCUGGUUGGGAAGCCAGCUAGCCGGACCAGGCUCCCCAAAACUUUGCUGGCUAGGGGAACAUAAUUUGUUCAAAGCACAGAAAGUCCACCUAUGCCCACUUGACCACUGGCCAGGACAGACUUAAAAUUGAAUUCAGCUAAUCCAAUUUAUAACCAGACCACAACUCCGGCUGCCGUUCCUGUGCUGUGAGCCCUAGUCACUGCUGGAGAGCUUGUUUAGCUAGCGAUGGGACACAACUGUGUUCAGCUCUCCCUUGUUCAGAUCUGCAGGGUGUCGCUUAACCUUCCCACCUGGACAUUUGUCACUUUUAAAAUUAA